AUGUCCUCCAACACCGUCAACGACAAGACCGGAAAGCCCAUCAACAUCGGUGACAUGGUCACGACGCGCAUCCGCGGCGGCAAGCGCACGGGCGAGGUUGAAGACGUGCUCCUUGACCAAGCAGACACUGACCACUACAACAACGAAGGAAACCCAAUUAAGAUCCAGAACCCGCCCAAGGUCGUCUUCGAAGACCAGCACGGGCACACCGUCUCGCAUAACCCGGAGACCCUCACGCAUGGAGUGGAACCAAAGAAAUAA